AUGGGCAAAACUUCAAAACAGACAAAGAAGUUUCAAAAUAAACAUCUAAAGCAUACAAUUGAGCAACGUAAGAAAGUCCAGGAAUUUAACAAGAAAGCAGCGCUAAGAAAAAAAGGCAAUGGGAAUGGUGGAGCUACAACAACUCGUGAUGGGAAAGCUAAAGAAGUGUUUGAGGAUAUGUCAGUAGAUGACUUCUUUGCCGGGGGAUUCGAAGUACCAAAGGAGAAAGAGAAAAAGGAUAGGAAAAAGAAAACGAAAACUAAGGACACUGAGUUAGAGUCUGAGUCUGAGUCCGAGUCUGAGUCUGGCGACGAGCUGUCGUCUUCUUCUGACAUCGAUAUGCAAGAGAACUUAGAUAACUUGGAAAAAGAGGACCCAGAGUUUUACAAAUACUUGAAAGAGAAUGACGAGGAGCUUUUACAUGUGAAUCCUUUGGACGCGAUAAGUGAUGAUUCUGAAAACGAGAAUGAUGAUGGAGAAGAAGAAGAUGACAACGGAGAAGAUGAAGAAGAAGCCAAGUCAGGGGUGCAAAACACUACUAAAAUAGAUAUAACCACCCAGUUGGUUAAAAAAUGGGAGCAACAGUUGACCCAACCAACAACUAAGAUAAUCAGAAAUAUAAUUAUAGCAUUUAAGGCCGCCAUAAAUAUACACAAGAGUGACGACUACAAAUAUACAAUGAUUGAUCCCCAAGCAUUUGCUGAUUUGAUGUUACUCGUGUUGAAGAAAGUGCCUAUUGCUAUUCAAAAUAUUGUCAAAUACAAGACAAAUCAACAUGGAGUAAGGACGAUUCCACAAAAGAAUGGACAGGCAGAGCAGAUUUCCAACAUUUUAAAAACUCAUGCCAGUUCAUUCAUCACUUUGUUGAAUGACAUCACCAAUACAGAAACAGCUGCAUUAAUUUUAGCUUCUAUUUACGAGGUAUUCCCAUACUACUUAUCACACCGUCGUCUUUUAAAACACAUAUUAACUGCUGUGGUAAAUGUGUGGGCUAGUGCUGGUGAGAUUGACACACAAAUUGCCACAUUUGCAUUUUUGAACAAUGUUGCUAGAGAAUAUCCCAAGUCGGUACUAGAAACAGUGCUAAAACUCACUUACUCUUCACUCCUUCAGCAUUGUCGUAGAACAAAUGUUCACAGCAUGGACAAAAUUAAUUUUUGUAAAAACUCCGCUGCUGAAUUAUAUGGUAUUGAUGAGGCUGUGGGGUACCAAAUUGGAUUUGAGUAUAUAAGACAACUUGCUAUACACUUGAGAAACAGUAUCAAUGCCACUUCCAAUGCCAAAGAAGGAUACAAGACUAUUUACAACUGGCAAUAUUGUCACUCGUUAGAUUUUUGGUCAAGAGUGUUGUCUCAAUAUUGUAAUCCCGAGGUUGAGUUAAGAAAUCACAAAUCCAAGGAAUCUUCAAUGAGGCAGUUGAUUUACCCCUUGGUGCAAGUCACUUUAGGUGCAAUCAGAUUGAUUCCCACAGCCCAGUUUUUCCCCUUGAGAUUUUACUUAGUAAGGUCUCUUAUCAGAUUGUCUCAACUAACAGGAGUAUACAUACCCUUGUUUCCAUUACUUUUCGAGGUUCUUUCAUCCACAGCAAUUACCAAGCCUCCUAAGCCAUCCAGUUUACAAUUUGUAGAUUUCGAACAUAAUAUCAAGGUUAAUCAAGCCUAUUUAGGGACUAAGAUUUACCAAGACGGAUUAACUGAACAAUUUAUAGAGUUGACUGCAGAGUUUUUUGGAUUAUAUGCAAAAAACAUUGCGUUUCCCGAGCUAAUCACACCAGCAGUGCUUGCUUUAAAAAGAUUUAUAAAAAAGUCAAAAAACGUCAAAUUCAACAAGCAGUUAGGUCAGUUGAUUGAAAAAAUGAAUACCAAUGCCCAAUUCAUCAUGACAAAAAGAGCACAUGUGGAGUAUGGUCCAAGCAACAAACAAGAGGUGAAAAUGUUUUUGAGCGAUUUUGAACUGAAAAAGACACCUCUUGGACAAUAUAUAGAAGUGCAGAGACAGUUGAAAGAAGAGAGACUCAAGUUGUUGAGAGAAGCACAAGAAAAGCAAAAAGAAAAAGAAAAAGAACAGGACGAGGAGGAGGAAGAGGAAGAAGAAGAAGAAGAAGAAGAGGAAGAGGAAAAGGAGAAGAAAAAUGGAAAAGCCAGCUCUAAAUAG